AUUCUUCCUUCUUGAAACUUUCCUCAAAUUUUCUUCAAAGACUCCUCAAAAAUCUGAGUUAGGAGUUUGUCCACCAUUUGUAUAUGAGACAAUGUCAACAUCACAACAAUCAAUAUGGUAUGAACAAGUCAAGAAAAGAAUAUCUACAGCACCAAAAUCUUCUUCUGUACUCUUUGAAAUCUUAAUCACCAAACUUCCUUCCCCAGCACUCACAAAAAACUACCACUAUAAUUAUUUCAGUGAGGACACAAAUCCUUUAUUCCCAAUUCACUAAUUUUAUCAAAAUCCAGCUCAAAAUGACUAAUAAUAAAGAAGCUAAACUAGAAGAAGACAAGCUUAGUAUUUUACCCGAUACAAUUCUUAGCCACAUCCUCUCAUUUCUACCUACUGAUGAAGCUAUCAAAACUGUCCUCCUUCGAAGAUUUGGCACCUUAUGGACUUACCUUCCCAUUCUCAACUUUGAUGACAGUUUGUUAACUCAUCUAUGGCCGCCAGAUGAAGAAAUUAACACCAACUUCUUUGAGUUUGUUCACAAUGUCCUGACACUCCAUCAACAGCCUACACUCGACUGCUUCAGAGUCGACAUUAGUACUGUGUUAUACACAGAUAUCAAACCUCAGAAUUUAAGACAUGAGCUAGACUCUUGGUUAACUUUCGCUCUAAGGAAACGGGUGAAGGUGUUAGAAUUUGGUUUUGGAAUGGUUGAACCUGAUAACGAGCUCUAUAAGUUACCUUUUAUAGUGUUCCUUAGUGAUUCUAUAUUCAAGCUCAAGUUGUUCAACAUUGAAAUGAAGCUCCAGAAACGAGUGCAAAUGGGUUCACUCCGAGUUCUCAAACUUGUGUAUGUGAGUCUGAAUGAUGAUGUUUUCAGACAAGUUAUUCGAGGUUGCCCUUUACUUGAGGAAAUAGAGAUUUCUAACUGUUGGGAUUUAACUGAGGUGGAUUCCCCAACUUUGGAUGUAUUGAAGCUUGAUAGGGAGAUGAUUGCUGGGGAGGAGAUUAUGAAGAUUAACUGCCCGGAAUUGUCGUCGUUCAACUAUACUGGAUGUGUGAAUGGUCUGGAGAUUAUGAACCUUUCAUCUCUUGCUCAUUUUGUCUUUAAUCUUAGCUUUACCAUUACAGAACAGGAAUUCAAAGAGUUCAACCAGUUCCAAUCUGUUCUAAGCAAACUUCUGCAUGCCAAGAGUGUUACCUUGUCAAGUGAAUUUGUCACGGUAUUGUUCUCUUGCAUACUAAAAGAUCUUUCUCAUGUAAUGUUUGACUGGAAACUUGUGGAGCUAAACAUUCUGUUGACCCACAAGCACGUCUCUGGUCUUUUUCAUUUGUUGAAGAAUUUACUUCACUUGGAGAAACUUGUCUUAAAUGUCACCUUCUGGCAUUCAGAUUAUCUGAAGGCUGUAGAGUCAGAAAUGGAUGGUUGUAGCCUUGAAAAGGAAGAGUACUGUUGGAGCUCUCUCAAAACCAUUGUCAUCUGCAACAUUUCAGAGUGUUUGUAUACUGUCCUCGUUCGCUUGGUUGAGAUUCUGCUCAAGAGUUCGCCUGUGUUAGAUAAAUUGGUGAUCUACUGCAAGGACAACGAUAAAACCGAACAAUUGGCAGAGUUCUCUAAGAAGUUGCCCACAUUCGCAAAGGCCUCCUCAACUGUAAAAGUCUUGCUAAUUUGAGGAGUAAAACUGUCAUAUUGCUUCUUGGUUCCAUAAAAUACAGCAUAGUCGCUCUUAUCAUUACCAAAGGUUGCAAUAGCCAUAUCAUAUGUGGUUCAGACCGCAAUUUACAUCCUACAUUCAAGAGAUAUAAUGCACAUCUUGCUAUAAGCUAUAUGUUAUUACAUUACAAAUGUGUGUCAUGUUCUUUUAAUCAAUGUGCUUGCAUAUUCUUUCCAUUGCACA